CUCCGAAGUCCCCCGCACCAAAGUCCUAAUACUGAGAAAACACUGCCUAUCGCCGAGUCGAUAACCAUUCUCCGUGGGUGAGACACAGAGGUUUGGGAUUAGGAUGGCGUCUCAGGCUGCCUUGAAGAAGCAGCAAGAGCUGCAGAAUACAUAUGGCAACUAUAAGAGCACGCUGCAGACGCUCGCACAGAAGAUUGGGGAUAUCGAGCAGGAAGCUGAGGAGCACAAACUCGUCCUCGAGACCCUGACACCGCUCCCCGGUGACCGCAAAUGCUUCCGGAUGAUCAACGGUGUCCUGACGGAGCGCACGGUCAAGGAAGUGGUGCCCAUCCUGCAGACCAACUCGGAGGGGCUGAAGAAGACGCUCGAGGAGCUGGUCAAGCAGUAUAAGGCCAAGCAGGACGAGAUGGAGAAGUGGAAGAAGAAGAACAAUAUUCAGGUUGUCCAGCAGCCUGGACAGUAGAAGCAUUGAGAGGAUGGAGGACAGAGGCGCGUCACACGUGGCGGAGUAACCUUGAUAUUGAUGAAACAACAUGGCGAGGCAAGGCUCCACUACAAUGGAAUCCGGAGCCUGAGAGGAGCCCCGCCACGAAAGUGGGAUGAGAGAAGGUAUGGGAAGCACGGCAUCUGGGAACACAAUCGUUGCCCUGCUGUACAGGGGCAGACGCGUGGAGAUAUGAAACUCCUGGGGAGACUCCUUUGUA